AUGUCAGGGCUUUCUUCAUUAGAAAUUGACGUCUUUGACAGGCACAUUAACGACCUUAUGCAAUGCAAGCCACUUGCGGAACUUGAAAUUAAACUUCUGUGUGAAAAAGCUAAAGAAAUUUUAGCUGAAGAGUCCAAUGUGCAAGCUGUAAAGUGCCCUGUGACUGUGUGUGGGGAUAUUCAUGGGCAAUUCUUUGAUUUGUUAGAAUUGUUUAGAAUUGGUGGGAAAACUCCAGACACAAAUUAUCUGUUUACAGGGGAUUAUGUGGAUAGAGGAUAUUACUCAGUUGAAACUGUAUCGCUAUUGGUUUGUCUUAAGGUCAGGUAUCGUGACCGCAUCACGAUUACUCGCGGAAACCACGAGUCAAGACAAAUUACACAGGUUUAUGGGUUUUAUGACGAGUGUAUGAGAAAGUACGGCAAUGCAGCUGUGUGGAAAUAUUUUACCGAUCUUUUUGAUUAUUUGCCUGUAACAGCGCUGGUUGAAAAUCAAAUUUUCUGUCUUCAUGGAGGGCUAUCUCCUUCUAUUGACACGUUAGACCAUAUCAGACAGUUGGACAGAAUCCAAGAAGUCCCACAUGAAGGGCCUAUGUGUGACUUAUUGUGGUCAGACCCAGACGGAAGAUGUGGCUGGGGCAUUUCUCCUCGUGGAGCUGGGUAUACUUUUGGAAAAGACAUAUCAGAACAAUUCAAUCAUACAAAUAACUUAACUCUAAUUGCCAGAGCCCAUCAACUAGUUCAGCCAGGCUAUGACUGGCAGCACGAGCGUCAUGUUGUAACGAUUUUUUCAGCACCCAAUUAUUGCUAUAGAUGCGGAAACCAAGCCAGUAUCUUAGAAAUUGAUGAAAACUUGAAGUACAAUUUCCUUCAAUUCGACCCAGACCCUAAGCAAAAUGAGCCAAAUCAAGUCAGGAAAACUCCAGAUUAUUUCUUAUAG